AUGUCGAACAAUUCCCCAGAACACAGUCUGUGCUUUCGUAUAAUGCCUGAAAAAAUUGAAAUCGAUUAUAUUAACCCUGAAUACAUCGAGGACGCUGGAAUAAAUUUGACGACAUUGGCCAAAGGGGUGUAUGCAAUUAAUUUAUAUGGAGAUAUUAAACAUACCUGGGCUAACAAUGUGACGUAUGACGUCACAGUUUUUGAAUUUCAAAACAAUAAAUAUAAGCCUUCGUUCAUGGAGUUCCACUACCGGUUCUGUGAUAUGGUCAACGAUGAUCCUUAUGUUGGUAAACUCAUAGCCAAUGCUGGUGUGAAAUGCCCUCUUGAAGCGGGGAAAUAUUAUUUCAGUAAUAUUACUAUACCGAAUGAUGACAUACCUUAUCCACUGCCGUUUCAACGCGCGAAAGGUGUCGGUACAGUUGUAUAUAACCCUACGGGUGCAGUUAUUGCCAAUGGCACUUUAUAUUUGCGAUUCAAGUAG